UUUCCUUCAAGCGGCCAAUAGGGAGCGGAGGCUUUGCCCUUCCUUCUUCCGCUUGCUGCAGCUGGGCCAAUUGGGGGGCAGCGCGCGCCGCUCGGAGCCCAGGGAGCUCCUGCAAGAGCUGCGAUCGGGGAAACUCCCGAAUGGAGUGCCAGACGUCGCUCCUCGCCCAUCGCCGCCACCUCGGCAAAAAGCGAGGCGACGGGAUUCUAGAAGAGCGUUCCUAAGUAGUUCGAGGCGUCUCUUUGCGUUGCCUAGGAGACGGUGGCUCAAGGGCCCUCCCCCAAGAUCGUGUUGCUACGGUGAUGCCCGGGUUCUGGAACCGCGUUGCCUAGUAGAGUGGUGCGUGGGUGUUCCAGAAUGCUUCCAAGGAAGGGCGGUCAUCAUAGACUUCGUUGCCGGGGAAACCGGAGAGACUGACAAGAACCUGCUACUUGGGCGUGCAUGGAAAUCCGGAUUCAUUCGGGGAUCCUCGUCUUCUGAGAAGUCGAGCCGAUUUCCAGCCAGUCCAUCGAGAGCUGCAUCCUCGUUCGAAAGGCCCGGCGUCGCUGAUUUCCGUGGACUCGGCAGCUGCGGAUUGUUUUAAGGGUCAUGAUGAUUAUUUAUUGUCUUGCAGCAGAUGCCUGAAACAAGCGUGCGCUAGCGGCAGAGAAGAGACUUCUGCAGGCUUCCAAAGGCAAUUGGCAGAAACGGGUAUUUGCACCCACAAUGCGGGUCACGAGUCAGUUUGACUCAAAGAGCUCUUGAGGAAAUUGUUCUGAAAAGACUGAAGUUGUCUUCCAGCUGGGGGUCAGCCAGUGGCUUUCUGAAGUCUCAUGAUGAGAUGAAACAGGUUGCAUGACUGAGGAAGCCUUGUUUGUAGCUAAGUCAAUCAGGGUUAAUAUGAGUGAGUUGUAUUGAUGGAAGUACCCCCAGCUGCCCCCUUUCAGGUAGAGAUGAGCCUGCCGUUGCACAGCCUGUGGUCCCGGGCACUUAGCCAGCUUUUGUAGCAAUCCCAGUUGGCAGUUGACCAUAUCCUCUUGCAUCCUGUGCUGCUGUCUUUCCAUUAAAAGGUCUGCUGCUCCCACAGCUGAAAGUCAAGUUGGUGGCUUGCAGGGGAGUGAGCGGACACUGCAGAUCUGCUUGUCACCUGACCACUGCCUUUGAAGUCAAGCCAUGCUUUCUGAAGCUCUGCCCUGCUUCCAGUUACUCCGGAUGGGCCCAGCCUCUUCUGGGGAUUUGCCAAACCGGGAUCUGUACACCUUCCGACCUGCCAAGCCCAGCUGCAUUUAUCGCCUGGGUCGCCGAGCUGAGGUUUGUGAUGUCAUUCUGGUGUCAGAACAGAACCCAGCCUUGAUCUCCCGGGUCCAUGCCGAGAUACACGCAGAACGGGAUGCUGACAGCACGGCUGGGGAAUGGCGAGUUGGCCUGGUGGACUGCAGCACUUACGGUACAUACGUCAAUGCCCUCCGCAUGUCCCACGGCCAGCGGGUAGAUCUGAACGAUGGAGAUCUUUUGACUUUCGGCCACCCCAGCCCAGUGCCUGAGGGCUGUGCAUUGCCACUGCCUCACGGCGACUCUGAGUUUUAUUUCCUCUUCCAGAAAGUCCAUGUUCGGCCACAAGACUUUGCAGCUAUCACAGAACCCAAAGCCCCGUGGGCUUCCUCCUCCGGUUUCCGGCCAGUGUUGCCUUCCGGCAACCAUCGCAUCCGCCCGCUCUCCUGCCAUUCGCCCACCUCCCUCUCUUGCCGCCCCAAAGCCACCCUCAUCCUGAGCUCCAUCGGCAGCCUCAGCAAACUGAAGCCCCAGCCGUUCACUUUCUCCCUCAGCCGGAGCACGGAUCCUCCCGCCCAGCCGAAAAGUUCCCGCAAUCGCCGCAAGUCAGUUCAUACGGUGCUUCCUGAACUUGAGGAUGAAAUUGCACGUCUCGAAGAGGAACAGCCGGCCCCAGACAAGGAGCAGCACUUGGGCACUUACCGGUGUUGCCCGAGCAACCAUCUGCGGCUCCAGCAGAGAGGGUUGGAAGGGAGCAGAAACACCCAGGAAGAUGUGGGGCCAAAGCUUCACGUCACACCGAGUGGGAAGCGUCGUGGUCGGCCCCGGAAGAAUCCUCUGGGAAGUGCCAGCCAAGUUUUCUCUCAGACGCUGUCUGCCUCAGAGCCAUGUGCAGCUCCCCGAUGCCGCCUUCCCCAGGACGAGAUGGUGGAGUGGGUCCAGUGCGAUGGCUGUGACGCCUGGUUCCAUGUGGUGUGUGUGGGCUGCAGCUACAGUGUGGUGAAAGAGGCAGAUUUCCGAUGCGCUGCCUGCCGCUCAUAAGGUCAGAAGAUUCUCCACCAAAAACGGGUCCCAUCAGCGACUUCAAAAAGAAUUUUUUAAAUAAUGUCCCUGAUGGACAUAAGUGGACUACUGAAAAUUUGCACAGGGUA